AUGAAGAGGUUCAUCCGGCAAAUCAAAGGAAAGCGCCUUCGAAGCAGAGACGGAGGCGGGCAAACAGGCGCUCUGGAUGAUGAAGCAUCGAGUGUUGAACAGGAGCGAUUACCUCCAGAACUGCAAGCUCUGGCAGACGAUUCCCGCCGCUAUGGGCUCAGAAGACUCCCCUCACUACCAGAAACACCUAUAUCUGACCAGACUUACGAAGUCAGCAUUGUUGCCGUGCUCGGUCUCGGAGGUGAUUACUACAGGACUUGGGCGAGCCGCGAUCCCCAGACACCGACCUUGUGGCUUUCACAACUUCUUCCGAAAGACUUGGAUGGCGCACGAAUUUAUUCCUUUGGGUAUGAAUCUGCACCAGCCUUCAGCCGCUCCGUGACAGGCAUCAGCGACGCCGCGAACGACCUACUCCAUGGCUUAAAGUUUCUGACCGAGCAGGGUACGCCACAUAGAGGGAGUCAGAUCGCAGCGUUGGCUCCCCUGGCAACAUUUAUCAAUUUCUGGUUGAAUCUCUCAUUCACCUCGAAUUUUACUGGUUCGAUGAGGCUCGAUCUAUUCAGCAUGUUGUCGCGAGAUUCGGCAAAGCUCGAUGAGGUCAACCAAUCAUUCAAACGAAGAGCCGCUGCCAUGACCAUUAUUUCGUGCUACGAAAGAGUGAUACCUCCUGGUUGUUCUAAACUGGUCGUUGAAAAACAAUCUGCCAUUCUUGGACUACCGGAGGAAAUCGAGAUCUCUAUUCAAGCCGAUCACAUGGCCAUGUGCCGCUUCUCGUCAAGGAAUGAUCCUGGUUACGAACCACUGGCGCGAGCCAUAGUCUAUGCUGUGAAGCAGAUGACGCCAGACACCUCGUAUCAUUCUUUCACAGAAUCGGAAAGUAGAUACAUGGCGACGUUAAGCCGACAACCUGAUGUUCCUAUUGAUGAGCCCUUGCACGGUACUUGUGUCUGGUCCGUCUCACUCGAGAAUAUCGCGAUUGGCCGGCCGAACCUAAGCCAGCUGUUCUGUGGUUGA